CCCCAUGGCCACACCAUCAGUGGCCACCUAGGCUACUAGCCAACAACGAUUCUUAAAAGAAAAAGAGCCACCACCAAAACAGUGACCCCUUAUCUUGCUUUAUGGGACUUACUCUUGAAAUGGCAUCUCAUCCAUUUCUGACCAGAGCUGGCAAAUGGGCUUUCCCCCUCUCUGCAAACUGGCACAUUAUCUAAAACAGAAAUGCAGCUGAAUUUUAGAUGGAACAGGGGCAGUUUUCAGCUUUUGUGCCCAGUGUUGGCUAGUGCCCAAGCUAAUAUUGCAACCAAAAAGGGGAAAGAGGGGUGAGGUUUCUUCUUGGCAUAUCAAGGGUUCUUUGCAGUAAACCUUUGGAUGUCUAGACAUGGUCAGGUUAUAUUCAGGGCAUAAAGGAGAGGUCCAAGUGGGGACAUUUUAAGGAGGAAGAGGUGGAUUCCCUGGCCCUUUAAAUCUCAGACUCCACCUCUCCAUUAUUUACAUUGUCUACAUUGCAAUGUUAUGUGUGCAUCCCCAUGUUAAUUCAAAGAGGUGUGCUUGAUGGGCACAGAUUCCGCUUGCCACCAUGUUCUCCACUUCAUCCCGGUCUUCUCCAGCAUGUCUUCCUACCAUGGCCAGUGGCCGCUUUUUUGACAGAUGGAAGGAUUAUCUGAACCUCUCCAAGGUUGUGAUGGAGAUCGUUGAGGACCGGAAGAAGCCCCAAGGUUUCUCUCCCCAGUGGGACCCCCUUGGGAGUAGCACACCACCGGUUCCUUGCCAGGAUCCCUUGGAAGCCCUUGUGCAGUGGGCUAAUGGGAGCAGCAGCAGUGGAGCCAACAGCCCGGAGAACGGCGCCAAUGACGGUGGAGACCUCCAGCCCGCCGAGCCCCCAGGCCGGGGGAUCUGCAACUUCUGCAAGCACAACGGGGAGUCCAGGAACGUCUAUUCUUCCCACCCGUUGAAAAGAGCCGACGGGGUGGUCGUCUGCCCCAUCUUGCGCAACUACACGUGCCCCCUUUGCAGAGCCACAGCCGACAAGGCCCACACGCUGAAAUAUUGCCCCCUCAACCAGGGGAAGCAAUCCUUGUACCGCAAGUGUGGGCGCAACUCAGCCGGACGCAGGGUCAAGAGAUAAAGCGGCCCCCCGGGGAGCUCCCGGUCCGUCCCAUGGAAAAAGAAGUUACGCCUGGAGAGCGGAUGACGAGAAGGCAACGUGCUGCCCAACGUUUGGGGAGAAAGAAAUCCAGAGCAGCCAACUGGGGUUCCCCAACUUUCAGUUCUUCAAAAUCAUAGUUACAAAAGAGGUGCCUUUGCAUUACUUUCCUUUUUAUGCCCGGAAGAUGAUGGAUGAGACAAAAAUUUGUUUUGAAAUACGGGAAGAUUUGUGUUUCGAAUACACCAGAUUUCAGUUUCAGGGGGAAAAACGGGUGGCUCUUUGUUUUCAAAAACUAAAUCCGUAAGUUCAGAAGUACUUUUUUGUUU